AUGAGCAAAGAUGGUGCUUCGCCGGAGAAGCGUAAGUUUUGGCCGGUGAUCACUCGGUCGUCCUCUGGGAUAGAUCGGGGUGGAGGGAGGGAUGAGGUAGAUGUACAGCAGGUCGUUUCUUCAUCAGUGUCUGCAUCUCGCCACAGGUAUCUUGAUCUGUUCCAUCUACCAUUCGGCCGAAGUAGAUCACCGACACCCGGGCCUUCCUCUGCUACUUCUGACUCGAACGUUGCCUUCACUGUGCCAACUCCUUAUGUGAGUUUCUACCAGAUGUUGGCCUUAUUUUUGCCCAUAACCUCCGAUCUGCAGCGCCGAUCGCGCUCCACAUCUCUACGUGUUAUCAAUGAACGUGAAGACGUGAAACGCAGUGUCAUGAAAACUGACAAAGGCUCAACGUCGAGAGAUAGUGAUGAUAUGUUCGACACCUUGCGUGUGGAUGCGAACAAUCGUCUCGGCGAUAUGCAAACAUCAAAAAUACCUGACCUAUUGAGACCGUUGAAGACAUUCAGCUCGGUGGCUGAAUCCAUCGCGGAGCUCAAUCCUUAUGCGCAGCUAGCACUUGGGAUUUUAGUGUCUGCAUCCGACGCCAUUCUCAAUCAGAAGAAGCGUGAUGAUGAUAUCGAGAGCCUGUUCUCGAAGCUCUCGGACGUCUACCUCUUGUUGACUAUGAGAAGAGAACAGGCAGCAGAUCGUUCGAUGGAAAGGGUGUUGGUGGAACUCGCACAAAACGUACGGGUUUGUGUUGAUUUUAUUGUCCGUUAUACCGAGGAUAAGAGCUACUGGUUAAGACUAUUCAAGAAUGUUGGUAAGGAUACAGAUGCAGUCAUUGGAGAAUACAAUGCAGCUCUAGAGGGUCAUAUGCAACGGUUUCGUGACCGAAACGCUCUUCAAACGACUCUAUUUGUGUAUAGAAUUGCUGAAGACGUGUACUUGAACGACAUGGAAUCCGCAACUCGUGUCUCCUUCAACACUUCCAAGCAGUGCCUCGAGGGUACUCGGAUGAACAUUCUCUCGGAGAUCAAGGACUGGGCGCGCAAUACCGCAGACGACGCCGAGCCAACCAUGUGGCUAUCUGGAAUGGCAGGCAAGGGUAAAUCAGCGAUUGCACAUACCAUAGCCAGUUGGGCGGAAGCUUGUGGAAUCUUGGGAUCCUGUUUCUGCUUUGAUCGUACGCGAGAAGGAGAUCGCCUUCACCAGAAGAUAUUCACCACAAUUGCGCGCGACUUGGCGGACCAUGAUCCCCUCAUCCGUCGUGCGUUGACAGACGUAAUACGUGACAGCAACGAACUACGACACACGCCGGACAUGCAACGACAGUGGGUCAAGCUCCUUCUUGGGCCGAUGCGUGCAGCAUCAAAAGUGGUCCGUGCGCCUGUGCUCAUCGUGAUUGAUGCGCUGGACGAGAGUGGUGAACGGGAUAUCAGGAAAGAGAUUCUUCGGGCACUUUCUGGAAGGUGGGACAAGUCCUCGCUUCCCGCAACCGCACUUCCGCCCACUGUUCGGAUCCUCAUUACCUCUCGUCCACUGCCGGAUAUUAAAGAUGCCUUGGAGGCGGCUCCGCACGUUCGACAUCGGUCCCUGGAUGACGUUCCUCGAGAAGACUCGGAGCAUGAUGUCAGGUGCUACAUCACUGACGAGCUUAGGUCCCCAACGAGAUUCAACGAGAUUCACUUCCGGACACUUGCGCAGAAAGCGGACGGGGUCUUCGAAUGGGCUCGUCUGGCAUGCUGGUACAUUAUGAAUGACACCCUAGCGGGACUAGAUGCUACUGAGCGCUUUGAUUCGAUCAUGGCUGGGACGUCGGCCACAGGGACUACGCUGUUGGAUGACAUGUAUAAACUUGUUCUGCAGGGGGCCAUGCCUCAGACCCAGCACCAGGAUGUCAUUCCUUUGUUUCGCUCGGUAAUGGGACAGAUCAUCUGCUCAUCAGAGCCACUUCCGAUGGCCGCACUUAUAGCAAUGCGACAACAUUUUUCAUGUGAGGAUAAAAUCAAGGUCGAGCCGAUUAUCAAGUCCCUGAGCGCGUUGCUGACUGGGACUACUGGGGGUUCUGACCCUGUUCGCCCUCUCCAUGCAUCAUUCUACGAUUUCUUGACGGAUCGAAAACGAAGUGGUGAAUUUUAUAUCGAGACAUCAAGAGUACAGCAUCAUCGACUCGCUUUCGCGUGUCUACGUGUCAUGAAGACUGAACUACGGUUCAAUAUCUGUAACUUGAAGAACUCUUACCUGCCUAAUUCGAGUGUGAUUGACUUGCCGCAGCGCAUAGAAAGAUGCAUUUCUCCUCAGCUUAAUUAUUCCUGUCGAUUUUGGACGUCGCACCUCUUGGCCUCGCCAUUCGAGUCAUCUCUGGUGCAAGAAAUUAAGCUCUUUUUCGAAGAACGGGUCCUCUUUUGGCUCGAGGUGCUCAGUCUCACGAAUUCUUUGAGCGGUGCCGCAUUAGCGAUGUUUUUAAUCUCGUCCCGGCUCGCGGGCGAUCCGACUUACGCACAGGUUAGAACUGCCGCGACCGACACCGAGCGAUUCGUCCGAAUGUUUUCUGCGACAAUGUUGCGAAGCACCCCGCACCUGUAUCUGUCAGCACUGCCAUUUGCUCCGACUCAAUCACAUAUUUUCCAAACGAGCCGGUACAAGUUUCCGCAAACGCUGACUGUCACUACUGCUGGUAUGGAUACGUGGCCAUCGGUGGAGAAGAUAAUUCAUGGACAUACGGGUGCUGUCACUUCUGUUACACUUUCGCAUGACAGCCGGUGCAUUGUGUCCGGAUCAAUGGACGGUACAAUCCGUGUAUGGGAUGCGGAGAUCGGGGCACAACUGCUCCCUACUCUUGAAGGGCAUACAAAUGAGGUCUGGUCUGUUGCAGUCUCACUUGACGGUCGACGGAUUGUAUCCGGAUCGAAGGACAAGACAGUCCGAAUAUGGGAUAGAGAGACUGGGUCGCAACUACUCCCCGCUCUCAAAGGGCAUACGGACGAGGUCUGGUCUGUAGCAGUUUCAUCAGAUGGCCGACGUGUCGUGUCUGGAUCGAAAGAUGAGACAAUCCGUGUAUGGGAUGGUGAGAUUGGGGUACAACUACUCCCCGCUCUCGAGGGUCACACGGACUGUAUCAGCUCUGUUGCAAUCUCGCCGGAUGGCCAACGUAUUGUAUCCGGAUCUUGUGACAAGACCAUCCGUGUAUGGGACGGAGUGACUGGGGUGCAACUACUUCCUGCUCUUGAAGGGCACAUGGAUAGUAUAAUAUCUGUCGCGGUGUCACCCAAUAAACAAUACAUUGUGUCCGGAUCGGACGACAAUACAGUCUGUGUAUGGAAUGGAGAGACUGGGGCGCAAUUAUUCCCCGCUCUCAAGGGGCAUACGGACAGUGUCUGGACUGUUGCAAUAUCACCUGAUGGACGACGCAUUGUUCUGGAUCACGAGACGGCACAAUCCGUUGUCUGGUCUGUUGCAGUUUCACCUGACAGCCGACGGAUUGUGUCCGGAUCGGGGGAUAAUACAAUCCGCGUAUGGGAUGCGCAGACUGGGCCACAACUGUUCUCCGCUCUUGAUGAGCAUCGGGAUAGUCUCGUUUCUGUUGCAGUCUCACCAGAUGGACGGCGCAUAGUGUCUGGAUCACGAGGGAACACAAUCCGUGUAUGGGACAGAGAGACUGGAGUGCAGCUGCUUCCUGCCCUCAAGGGGCAUACGAAUGGUAUCUGGUCCGUUGCAGUUUCAUCCGACGGGCGACGCAUUGCGUCUGGAUCGCGAGACAAGACGAUUCGUCUGUGGAACGCGGAGACUGGGGCGCAACUGCUUCCUGCUCUUGAAGGACACACGGAGAGUGUCUGGUCUGUUGCAAUCUCACAUGAUGGGCGAUAUAUCGUAUCUGGAUCGGACGACAAGACAAUACGUGUGUGGGACGGAGAGACUGGCGUGCAGCUUCUCCCCGCUCUUGAGGGGCAUACGGAGUGCGUCUGCUGUGUUGUAAUCUCGCCUGAUGGGCGCUGCAUUGUGUCCGGAUCGGAUGACAAGACAAUUCGUAUAUGGGAUAUACAGACUGGUGUCCAACUGCUGCCCGCUCUCAAGGGGCAUACGCGAAAUAUCUGCUGUGUCGCAAUCUCGCCCGAUGGACGACGCAUUGUGUCCGGAUCCGAAGAUAGGACAAUUCGUGUAUGGGAUGCACGGACUGGGGUACAACUACUCCCUGCUCUUGAAGGACAUACAGACGAGGUCUGGUCUGUGGCAGUUUCACCUGAUGGUAGACUCAUCGUAUCCGGAUCGAAAGACAAGACAAUACGCGUAUGGGAUGGAGAGACUGGGGCGCAGCUAUUCCCCACUCUUGAGGGGCACACAGACAGUAUCAUCUCAGUUGCAAUUUCGUAUGACAGCCAAUGCAUUGUGUCCGGAUCGCGGGACAAUACAAUCCGUGUAUGGAAUGCAGCGACCGGAGCUCACUUCCUCCCUGCGUCUGAGAGGCAUACAGAGGACAUGUCCGCCAAAGGCUCGCCUCGCGACCGACGCAUGGUACCUGAAUCAACACACGACAUAAUGCGCCUGCGUAGGACAGAUAGCGGUGGGUUUCAUGAUUCCAUUCUAUGUGUAGUGAUGUAA